UCACUCAUCAGUAGGAUGAAGUAUAUACACUUCGACACUGCUUAUAGUGCUAACAUGAUAGGCUGGACAUGGGUUCCAUUUUUCUUUGUUAAUUUUGUUAUGUAUCUCAUUUUCUUUAAUUGUUGCUCCUUAUUUUAUUUGACGGAUUCACAGGUUUUGUUGAGUGAAAAAGAUGUUCCCGCAAGUUGUGCUUUUGAGAAUGUGAAUGAAAAUCUCAAAGUGUAUCUUAAGGUUCAAGGAGAACUUAAUGCGGAAGCAGAACGUGAGAAGAUCAAGAAUAAGAUGGAAGAGAUUCAAAAGCAACAAGAGAAACUCAAGAAGAUCAUCAAUUCAUCUGUCUAUGAACAGAAGGUCCCAGUUCACAUCCAGGAAGAGAAUGCUGCAAAGCUGGCCAAACUCAUCCAGGAAUUUGAAUUUUUGCAGAAGGAGAGCUCAAGAUUGGAAGCUAUCGAUGAAUGCAAUUAAACCAUUUUGACAGGUUUUCUCAUACUUUACUGGCCCCACAAAGCUGAGUGACUGCGACAAGAAGCCCAAUGCAAUGAAAAAGUGGUAAAGGAUUUUGUGAGGCUGAUUCUAUAUUGAAACCCUGGCUAGGACCAGGAGAUUUCUUGCAGGGUUAUUAUCUUAUGUAUCCUGAGGUACAAUACACAGUCUUAGGUGGCUUGCACACAACAAAUUGCUUUCACACAAAUCCAUGUCGGGUAUUUGUUCCUUGAGGGGGUGUUCCUCAAGUGGGGGAAGUGCAUUUGGAGGUCUACUCUGAACAGGUAUACGCCCUAAUUUCAGGAGAAAGAACGCAGUCAAGAAUAGAUAAUAUUAUCAAAUUGGAAACAAUUAUUUGCUAUAAAUGCAAAGUGUGCACAAUACUGCAAUCUUUCUCAGUCAUAUCACAAGAUUGAGCUCAACACGAGCUCUGGCAUUGUUACUUAGAAUGAUCUUCUGAGCUUAGUUCUCACCCUGAUCAAUCGAGUAUUGCACUACAUUACUCCUUUGAUGGAUGUUCAUUUGCUUUACUUAAUAUAGUAGUGAUCUGCAAAUCCUUGCAUA